UUUCCGUUCUGAAUAUUAUUUUCACAGCGAGGUCACUGCCUUCUAUUUUCUCUUGUCAUGGUUGAAAAGGGACAUUUCUGUACGAGCCUACAUCAUCGAAAAGGCAGUGCAUAGUUGUUGACAGUGGUUGGCGAGGUGAGGGCGAAGAAUUUUGGUGGUUUUUCUGAUCUAUUUGUACAAUCGUACAAACUAACCCCAAUGAAUUUUGACAUGUAGCAUGUAGUCAUUCAUUUGUGUGGUAAAUGAGAAAAUUAAAAUGCCGCCUGAUAGGGGAUCCACAAGAACGCAAAAAGCUGAUACAAAAAGAGAGUUAUCCACAUCCCGAAAAACUAAGAAAACGGGAGACGUUAAUAAUGAAAUAUCCACGAAGGGAAGACAAGAUGCCAGAGUUACAACUAAUUCUCUUGCACGCCAAAAGGCCAAAGUUAAGAAAGAAGAGAACCCUACAGUUUCAUCUACUGAUAAAGUGACGAAGAGUUCUAGAGUUGAUGCUGCGAAACUCAAGGAUGUGAAGAAAGAUAUUAAUUCAGAUUUGAAAAGAGUAAGAGAAACUUUAUCAAGGAAUAGAACCAUCAAAAAUGCACCAAAUAAACCUACAGCAACUCGGGCUAGUGUUUCAGAGAAAAUAUCUGAAGGAUCCAUCAGUAGGCGCAUAUCAAAUGAUUCUGUUAGAAAUAAGAAAGUGUCAGGUACUCCAUCUAGCUCAAAUAGAGUGUUGCAAACUUCUUCUACGAGAUCAAAGACUGAUUUAAAUAAAAAUGUUGAGAGUUCUCCUAGAACAAGACUUGGUAGAAGUGUUAAUAGACAAGAGAGUGUCAGUUCUAAAACUAAGGAAAAGCACACAUCACAGGAUGGCCAACCAAAGAAAUUAAGUCGUGAACGAACUCGCACACGUACUUUGAGCCCUCAUGAAGUAAAAACAGCUCAAGGUAUUUCAUCUCUUGAUAUGCAGAAAAUCCAUAAAUCAUCCAAGAGGACGAACGAUAUAGCACCAGUUCCAUCCGUGUCAGAUCUCACCAGAUCAGGCCAGGGACCUUCAAAUGAACCUGAAAAACAGUCUUUUGAUGAAGCAGGUGAUAAUUAUGAAGAUGAUUUUGAGGAAUACGAGUCAGAUUUUGAGGAAGAUGUGUCUGGGUCAUCAGAAGGUUUCAAUAGUGUCAGUGAAUUGACCAAUGGAGGUGAAGGCAGCUCAGCAGAAGAAAGCAGUGCAUCAGAAGAGGAUGAGGUGUUGGAAUUGGUGAAUAGACCUCUUGUGGAAGAGGAAAAGAAAUUAGAUUCUGGCAACUAUGAUCUCACUGAGAGUAAGCGGAAAAGUGGAGAUGCGAUGCAGGCAAAAGAUGUGGAAACUGAGUUCAAUGUUGGUAAUCGUAAAGGGAAAGAAAUACAGCAAAUAAAAGAAGCUUUGGAGAAAGAAAAUGCUGGAGUAUCUCCACGGGGGGCAAAUGUGAAGAACAGCAUAAUAAGCCAUUUCCCAGUGGCUAGAGAUGAAGGAUUCGAAGAAGAAAAACCAAAUGAAUCAAAGUUUUGCCAAGGGUUGAAGAAAGCGGGCAUUAUUAAUUUUGCCAGUGCAAAAAAGAAAAUGGAAGAACAGAAGGUCACUGCCAAGGCAAAGAAAAGAGGUGAAGAGUUGUUGAGCAUGAUAAGGUUAGAUAUUGUAGGUUUUUCACUUCUUGAUUUGCCUCCUGUCCCAUAUGAAGUGUAUAUGAAAAGUUAUGGAAGAUCAAACACUCAGCAGGCUUCUGUUCAAACUAAUGAGGAUAAUUUGUCUGAGGAGAUUCAAACUGAAGAAAUUAUUGUAAAAAAUAAAUGGACUCAGCAUCCUGUAGCUUACCAUCCUGUUAAUCAUUUGGGUUGUGGUGGAGAUGGGAAUGAAGAUCCUGAAAUGUGGAAGAAGCUUAUAAAAUAUAAUGCAGUAAGACUGAACCAGUUUCUUUUAGGUGCUGGCCAGGCCAUAUUGCAACACUUGGAGCAGCAAUCAUUCAUCCAAGAGAACAGUCUGUCUCUCAAUUCUGUGGCCUCAUAUUUUAGUAGAGGUUUCUUUAACUUAAAUGUGAAUGCUGUUCCAUUUUUGGCUGGAAGAUCUGUUUCGAAGUUAUGUUUUUCGAAUCUUCAACCUACCUCUUUAAUAACUGUGCAUAUUGAACCUAAUAAUUCUCUAGAAGCAAUUGAUGCUAUUCUUGGAAGAUGUAUGCUGUGUAUAUGGAAUAUUUUAAAACCAUCGGCACCAGAAAAGAUUCUUGUAUGUUCAAAUAGUGUCUCGUCAGUCUGCUUUCAUCAAAACAUAGAUAAUUUGGUGUUUGCUGGUUUGCAUGAAGGAACUGUAUGUGUAUGGGAUCUUAAAGAAUCGGCUGCUGUCCAUUGCUUGGGAGAUAGAGUAGCAUGUGAUUGGGUUAUCCGUUCACCCACUUACUCAACUGCUGAAAUUCUGAAAAGUGAAGGUCAUCUGACUGAAGUGACUGCCCUUUGUGCAAUAGGAAGCACUUUUUCAGACAUGUCAUCCUUGACAAGUUCACUUGCUCCAAUCCAGAUUUGCAGCCUAGAAAUAUCUGGUGUUGCUAUUGUGUGGACUGUUAUACAGAGCUCAGGAACUGGCUUGAAGACAGGACUUGUGCAACAGGACCUUGGACUUGCAUAUUGGGGAAAAGUGCGACUUGUCCGAAGUAUUGUGAUCAACAUAUUUGAUGGAUUGGAAUUGAAUAGUAAUUUUCUUCCAAACAUUGAAUGUCGAGACAUGAUAACCGAUCCUGCGGACCCAAGCCACUUUUAUGUGUGUACAAAUUCAGGUUACAUAGUUCACUGUUUGUCAAGUGGUUGUAAACCUCAUCCUAAGGUUUACUCCUCAAAUGAAGGCAAGCAUGUUUCUCUUGAUAAAAUCUUUCACAUUUUAAAGAUAUUCAUAUUUUUGUAUUGCUUUGCUGUAGGUGGACUUUUGCCUACUACUUGUAUGGAGAACAUGGUUGAUCAUAAUUAUAUGCUUAUUGGUCUUGAAGGAGGUAUUGUUCAAUUGUAUUGCCGUAAUUCUCGAAACCCCUUGGCAACAUAUGCUGGCACAGCAGAUGUGAUGGGUCAAGGGCCAUCUAUUGAGAGCAUCCAAGCUUCUAGUGUUCAUCCUGCACAAUUUUUCAUUUUGGACAAAUUGUCUAGAAUUCACAUCUGGAAUUUGACUGAAAGUGAUAUUGUGCCCGUAAAAUCUCUGAACUUUGAGAAGAAAAUAUUGUCAAUGAAAUUGUCAAAGCCUAAGGAAAAUGAGCCGAUGUAUUUGGCAAUUGCAAUGGCAAAUGGUGAUGUGGAGCUUUAUCAACUGAAGCCUGAAUUUUGUUUCAAAUCAACUACACAGUUUAAUGAGGAACUGCAGGGUUUCAUAGCUUAUGCAAAAGAACUGUAAUAGUACCUUUGCAUAUUUUCUAGUCAUUUAUUGCAUUUAACUUGGGAUCCACAAUGUGUGGAAAUUUGUCCUUGUGAAGGGCAGAGUGAUCAAAACAUUCCGUCCUUUUAUCAUCUGACUUCAGCUAUUCUGAAGAAUUUAAGUGUCUUACUACAGUUAAGGAUAGUACAUGCUAGACUUACAGAAUUAUGUUGAAAAAUAUUAUUGAUUUUACAAACUGUUAUUGAUCAAGUAGAUAUGGUUUGUUUACAUGCACAUCAAGUUAAUUAUUUAGUAGAAUAGUUUCUUUCUUCACGUAUAUUUUUAUUACAUAUUAAUUACAACUGAAUCAGUACUAUGUAAUUUAUUGCUCAAAUGAACAAUUGUGUUGAUAUUGUUUCAAAAUAAUUAAAAAUUAUACAGUGCAAAAAUAGUUUACAUUUUUAAAAAAGAUUGUUAUAUUCCAAUGGUAUUCUGAUGCUGACAAAUUCUAUUUCAUUAUUUUUGAUAAAUAGAUAAUUUAAGAUUGGAUUUACUCUUCAGUAAUUAAAAUGUGUUCUGUGUAAAGGUUUUUACUGCAACAAUUGAAAAUUUGUUGCAUUAUUGGUAUUCCUUUUUGCUUCAAAAAGUGUCCAUGAAUUUUAUAUCUAGGAAUUACAGUGUUCAUAAUUUACAUUUCCUUUUAACUUCACUAUACAUUUCAUAACGUAGGAAAUUAAUAAUUCAUAAAUAUAUACACACAUGGACAAAUGUAAUUCCAGUUCUUAAAAUUGAUCCAUUAUGUAAAACCUUUUAAAAUAAAAAUAAAACAAAAACAAAAUUGAGAUAAUGGGUAUUUUUAGAUAUAAUUCAUGAGAUCUUACUUUGAGAUUGAAAGUUGUGUGGCACGAAGGCAGGCAGAGAUUAGAACACAAGUCUGACCACUCAAGGUAUGGUUGGUUUAAGAGGUGAGCCUAGCCCUCUUUAUGUCAUUAUGAUCAUUGUCUCAUGUAUAUGAAAUGUGCAUCAUAAACUGUAUACAGCGAUUAAGAUUUCUGAUGAAGGUAUCUUAUUGGAGAGGGAUCUCCUCUAGCUUGGCAAGAGUUUGUGGGUUUGCCAACACUGCAUCAUAUUCUUACUAGUUGAUGGUACCAAAGAAAGAUCUUCCAGAUUAUAGAUCUGGGAUGAAUAUUAGUCAAUAGCAUUAGCAGAAAACUAUAAAUUAUUGCCAAAGUAAUCAAUGAGAAAUUAUAGUUGCAUUCUUUAUUUAUGAAACUAAAAAUAGACUGCAUUUGUGGAAUACCCAAGUCUCUUCUUGAAUAAUGUAUGUUGUAAAUUUCUAAAAUGUUUUGUGAAUUUUAUUCAGUUGUGUUUGCUAUUACACAGAGAGCAAAUAACUAAAAGCACGGACACUAAGCUUUUCUUUGGGUGAAAUGAAAAUUAGUGUGUAAUCUUUUCACAGUUUUGUGCAUCAAUUUACCAAGUAAAAUAUUGUAACUCUGGCACACAUCCUUCUCACUCUUUUAAUUACAAAUCAUUUCAUCCAUCAAUCUCAUCUUGUUUCAUUAAUUUUUACUGACUUUUAGUUCAUUUUCUUUUAUAUGUUAGUUUUUGUUCCAGAAGCUUAUUCUUUUUGGUUUAGUUUGAUAAACCUCUUGGCCAAAAAUUCAGAUUCCUAUUUGUUUUAUUAUAUUACUAUUGAAUAAGCAUAUGAAAAAGUAUAUUUCAGUGGUGCCUGCUGGGUGCCAAAAAGAAUUAGGUAUUGUUAUUCAUUUUUUACAAAGGAGUCCACUGAGUUGAUCUAAUUUUUUAAAUUUUGGAAUUAGUGUCACUUCUUUUCCUUUUGUUUGGAGGGAUAAAAGAAUUUACAGAGGGCCCUACAAAUAAUCAAUAGUCAUAUUUUUUUAGCUUAGCCUCUUUCCUUGUUAACAUUCAUACCUUUCAUUUAACAUAGUUGUUCUCCAUAACUCAUUUAUUGGCAAUAAUAAUAAAUAUUGCUUAAAAAUGUUUCAAAUUUUUUUGUUACAUGAGUUCUCUGAAAAUGAGCAGUGUAUUUGGGUGCAUGAACUAGGAGAUAGAAGGAAUUCGCAUUCACAUGCAUUUAUUUAUAUAUAUAUAAAUCCUGCACUGUCAUAAUUGUUUUCUACACCUCUUUGUUGUGUGAUUUUUUUUUUUUUAGAUACGUUUCAGUAAAAUUUUGAAUAUAUUACAAUCACCACAAUAACUACUGUACACAAUAAUGUACACAAUAGUGUACUAACAAUGUGAUUAUUGAUUUUUGAUAUGUGAUUAUUAAAUUGAAUUUAUAUUCUGAUUCAAAAUCAAAAAAGAUUAUGGAUCUUUUUCGUUUGUUCAUACUUGACAAUUACAGUCUGGAAAAAAGUAGUAUUAAAUGGCAAAAUAUGUACAUUAAUAUGUAAUGAAAACAAGAAUAUGUAAUAAAUAUGUAAAAAGGGAUAUAAUAUGUUAUAGCAAAUUU